AUGACGGGAAGGAAGGCGAUGAUUGCGCCCACUCGGAAGCGGCCCGCGUCCCCGCAGCCUUGCCGGCCGACCCGCUUGACAUUCAGGCACCCAGGCACCAGCAUUACUACCAAGCAUCCGACUCAGAUGGCAGACCAAGCGAGACAGAAACAACUCACUCGCAGAUCCCGGAACGGAUGUCGAACCUGUCGAGCCAGACAUGUCAAAUGUGACGAGACACCGGGGGCGUGCAAACGAUGCACCUCCACCGGCCGCCAGUGCGAAUACGAUGCGAUCCGACUGCCACGCGCCUCGGGGGCCAUCGCCAAAGCCAUCUGGUCCCAACUCGCGGGUGUCCCAGUCGCUGCCCCCAGCAGCCGCCCAGAUACCAACACCGACGAACGCCGCUGCUUCAACAGCUUCUUCAACCACACGGUGCCGCUGCAGGCCAGCCGAUUCGACUUCACGGAAGUCUGGCAGCGGGACGUGCUCCAGGUGAGCAAUGCGGAGCCGGCGGCUUAUCACGCCAUCGUGGCCCUGGGCGUGCUUCAGGAGAACGUCGAGACGCGCGGCAUGGCCGUCUGCAAGACGAUGGCAUUGCAUGACCCGUUUAUUCGAUUCGCGUUCGAGCAGUACGGCAAGGCGAUGGCCUUGCUGCGCCGACGCUUGGCGUCUAAUGAUCCGCAGGUCCGGACGCUGGCGCUGCUCUGCAGUAUUAAUUUCACCUGCAUCGAGCUGUUCCAGGGAAACUACACGACUGCACGCAUGCAUCUGCGGCGGGGAAUCCAGUUCGCCGCGCAGCACGAUCAGUAUUUGGCGCAGCAUACCACAAGACAGCACUCGCCGCCGCCGCCGCCUACUGCGCCGCUCCAUCCCGGGGCCGCGUUGGAGGGGGCGGUGGUCCAAGUAUUCAUGCUAAUUGAUGAGAAGCUGGCAAUGUUCGAGAAAUUCAUGACCCUGCCGGAGGCGCAGUCAACGAUAGAUCAAUAUACCCCGACCGAUGUCACGAGCCCUGGCAGUAGCAGCAGUAGCAGCAGCAUUAACAUGGACCUUGAAAGCAUCGCAGAAGCCUCAUUUCUGAUGACCACCCUCAUAAACAAGAUGUUGUCGAUAUCUAUGAGCCUAUAUAACUAGGUCAUGUGGCAGGCGGAAGCAUCAGUAUAAAUUUAUAUAACUAGCU